AAAACCUUUAUGCAAGCGGCUGCGACCUGUCUGUCUGUCGGUGGAGGCACCCUGGCUAUGCCUCGUGAUGCCAACAUCAACACUUUCCUUUUCUCCAUCCUUAAGGCAGUAGACCGCUAUAAAAACUACUGGUUCGGAUUACAUGAUCUGGUAGAUGAAGGUAAGUGGGAGUGGGUGGAUGGUACUGAUCUGGGGACCGGCUAUAGCGCGUGGCGGGAGGGCCAACCGGACCAGUGGGGGGACCAGGACUGUGCUAUGUACAGAGACGAUCGCUGGGUUGAUGGGGCAUGUCACUGGAAACACCCGUUCAUCUGUCAAGUCAUCCCAUAGAGCAGUACCCUGGAUGCCAGACUUGUAUCAAACUGCUAACCCUUUCCCUUCGGCAGCCAGAAGCCCUUCGCCCGCCCGUCUAAAUUACCGCUACGGGGGUGGGGUUGAGCCCGAGGGGAACUUGGCUGGCCCUAGAACAUUGGGUUGGGUGAAAAAAAAUUCCAGUGCAAAAAAGAAACCUUGAUAAAAAAAGCCUAAAAAAAGCCAUAAAUAACCCCAAA